AUGCAGGCCAUGGACGCCCCCACCGCGGGCUUCUACGAGGAGGACGGCAAGGACCUGGACUUCUACGACUUCGAGCCGCUCCCCACCCUGCCAGAGGACGAGGAGAACGUGUCACUGGCUGACAUCUUAUCCCUGCGGGACAGAGGCCUCAGCGAGCAGGAGGCCUGGGCCGUGUGCCUGGAGUGCAGUCUGUCCAUGCAAAGCGUUGCCCAUGCCGCCAUCUUCCAGACCCUGUGCAUCACACCGGACACCCUGGCUUUCAACACCAGGAACGUCUGCUUCAUGGAGCAGCUCAGUGAUGACCCUGAGGGCGCCUUUGUCCCCCCGGAGUUCGACCUGACUGGGAACACCUUUGAGGCUCACAUCUACUCCCUGGGGGCCACACUGAAGGCUGCCCUGGACUAUGUAGCAGAGCCAGAGCUGGAGCCCAAGCUAAGUCCAGACCUGGAGGUGCUGCUGGGUCAGAUGCAGGCAGAGGACCCCAGGGACAGGCCAGACCUGGAGAGCAUCAUAGCACUAUGUGAGGAGAAGACGCAGCCCAUGUCCUCGUGCCGCCUGUGCCAAAGUCUCUCGGCCAUCGGAAGGAGGGUCCUCUCCAUCGAGUCCUUCGGAGCGUUCCAGGAUAUCAGUGAGAGCACCUGGAGGGGAAGACCUGCUCCAAGAAGUGUAGCGCCCAAGAGGCCAUCUGGAGACAUCACUGCUGAUCCAGAGGCCCUGCCCGUCCCAGAGGGCCUGUCCCAAUCCCCCGCCUCUGGAGACCCAGGGCGGGAGGCAGGCUGGGGCUCCAGACCCCUGCCCUCCAAGCCGCUGCUUUCAGCCCCAAUGAAAAAUGGAGAGAGCCCUGGUCAGGAGGGGCUGGCCAGCCUUGUCCUUGACGCCAGGUGCCCCCUCAGUGAGCUAGACAGAGAUGUCCUCAGGCGAAGCCGACUGAGAAAGGCACAGACAUUCCCCAGGCUGGUGCCCGAGGGCUCCGAGGCCAACACUCUCUGCCUGUCGCCGACCAGCUCAAAAAACCAGCUGAACAUAUCUGAAUUCUUCCCCCCGGAUCCCAGGAAGGUCUUUCUGGAGGGAAAAAACGGCCUUUCUAAUGUCAAGGCACAGCCCAAAAGCAGACUGUGGCCAGAGCAGGAGCCCAGACUCCAACUGAAAGGGGUGCUGGGCAAAAGCCACAGCUUGGACAGGGAGCCUGGGGCCUCAGAACAGCCAGAGGCCUCACCCUCUGGCAAGAGGCCUGUGGAGAACAGACCCCCGCUCCAGACCUCAGACCCUGGAGAUGCAAGCCAUGAAGCCCAGACUGCUUGGGGUGACAAGGGGAUUCCAGAAGCUGCUGACCUGCAGGGAAGUACAGCCGCAGAGCAGAGCCUGUCCCUACAGGACCUCCUAUCCAAACUGGGGCGGCCCUUCAGGGAGUACGAGCUGUGGGCCCUGUGCCUUGCCUGCCUCAGCGCUCUGCAGAAGCACACAGAGCAUCCAGCCUGCCUGUGCCUGGACAACGUGCUGGUGGCCGAGGACGGGGCCGUGCUCUUCGGGCCUCCGCCCGCCGACGGCUCCUACAACUCGUUCUUCCUGGCUCCGGAGGUGGCCGAGGACAAGCUGGUGACAGAAAAGGCCUCGGUGUACUGUGUGGCCGCUGUCCUCUGGACAGCAGCCAAGUUCAGCGUCCCCCGUGAGCACAAGCUGGCCCUGCCACGCAGGCUCAAGACCUUCCUCCUGGACAUGGCCAGGCGCCGUGCCCCAGAGCGGCCAUCUGUAGCUGAGGCCAUCAAGGUGUGCAGCAGCUACCUCCUUCAGCGAGGCAUGGACAGCAGGAAGAUUCUAGCCCACCUACAGGCAUCCACAUGCAAGGUUCACCCAGAGGAAGAGACCAUCGGUCUCCAAAGUGCUUUCUCCAAGAUUGAGCUGAAGCCCCAAGUGACACCUGCUCCUGAGCCCACCACAGGCUUCCUGCCAGUCAGCAGUGACACUAAACUCAUUGCUGUGCCAGGGCCCAUGCCUGGUCCACCCUCCUGUCACGAAGGAGCUUGUGAGCUGCCAGCAGCCUUCACCUCUGAGGCCACUCACUUCAAACCGGUCAUCCUCGCUCGGGAUGCAGAUGUGGUCAGGGACCAGCUUGUCUUGUCCUCAGUCAAGAAGUCCAAUGAGAGGAGCAGCCAGCUGGACCGGGAGGAAGAUGGGAAGCAAGUGGCCCAGGACCUUGCUGGGGCCACCAGCCUGAAGAUACUUGACCAGCCAGCUCCUGGUCUAGGGUCACAGGGAACAGCCCCAGAAUCUGUCGGGAACUCCAGCUUGGCCAAGGGGUGCUCUAGCCCACAAGACCCCACCCCACCCACACAACCCAAGGGUGCCACAUCAGGGAUGCCCAGCUCCCCUCCUCCUACCCUGCCCCAGAAGGCACCAGUGCCAUCUCCCAAGCACAGGCUAGAUGGACAGGUCCCACCUGGAGCCACUCUACCCAUGGUAACCCCCUCAGCCAACCACAGCCCCCAUCACCCGUGCAAGCCACCCGGGAACAAGGCCUCUGAACCAGAAGGCCCUCAGUCAGCCACACGGGGCCCCAUCCUGGCUGCAGUGAGUGCAAAUAGCCCCAGGGGCCCAGAUGGUCAUCCUGACAGGCCUCGGCCAGCAGACCGCAAGCUCUGUCCACCCAGUGUGGCCACUUCAUCCCCCCCUAAGACAGCAACCUGCCCCUCACUGCAGGAGGCCAUGCGCCUUAUUCAGGAGGAGUUUGCCUUCGAUGGCUACCUGGACAAUGGGCUGGAGGCACUGAUCAUGGGGGAGUAUAUUCACGCCUUGAAAGACCUCACCUUUGCCACCUUUUGUGGUGCCAUAUCGGAGAAGUUCUGUGACCUAUACUGGAAUGAGCAGUUGCUUCAGAACCUCUUCAAAGUGGUCAACGGGCCAGCCUCACCCCCCGAGAGUGUUUCUGAGGAGCUGAAGCCUCUGCCCGAGCACUCACCUGGCAACUGCUCAAUGUCCAGCAAAAGGCCCUCACUGCAUGGACUAGGCAAUGAGAAGUCGGCCACAGCCCGAGCCAGUGGAGCCCCCUGCUCGCCCACCACGCUGUCAGACGGGGAUUCUGAUGCCCUAUCGCAGGGAAACUUUGAGGUGGGAUUUCGGCCUCAGAAGUCAAUAAAAGCUGCUCGUGAGCAACAGCCAGAGGCAGGAGUGGAUGGGCAGCAAGGCCUGGGCCUGGAGCCAGCUGGCGGGGCCUCACCGGCUGAUUCAGUGGCCCAGCUGGCCAAGCCCGAGGAGGGUGGCCCAGCUGUGUCCACAGGCCCGACUGAGUUCCAGAGCUGCAGCCCUGGCUGGACCAGUGCCUUCUAUGAGGCCGACUGCUUUGGAGCCGACAUCUACAACUACGUGAAGGAUCUGGGGAUGCAGAAGGCCAGCGGGCACCCAGAACCUGAAGCCCAGAGCCCAGAGCUGGAGCAGCAGCUCAUGAUAGAGAAAAGAAACUACAGGAAGACCCUGAAAUUCUACCAGAAACUCUUACAGAAGGAAAAGCGGAACAAAGGCUCCGAGGUGAGGACCAUGUUGUCCAAACUUCGAGGGCAGCUGGAGGAAAUGAAGUCCAAAGUGCAGUUCCUUGGCCUGGUCAAGAAGUACCUACAGGUCAUGUAUGCUGAGCGCUGGGGCCUGGAGCCCUGCGCCCUGCCAGUCAUCGUAAACAUCGCAGCGGCCCCCUGCGACACACUGGACUUCAGCCCCCUGGACGAGUCCUCUUCCCUCAUCUUCUACAAUGUCAACAGGCCCCCAUGUGGUGGCCGGCAGAAGAAGGCACGCAUCCUGCAGGCUGGCACGCCGCUGGGACUCAUGGCCUACCUCUAUUCCAGCGACGCUUUCCUGGAGGGCUACGUCCAGCAGUUCCUCUACACCUUCCGGUACUUCUGCACACCACAUGACUUUCUGCACUUCCUCCUCGACCGCAUCAGCAGCACCCUGUCCAGGGCCCACCAGGACCCCACCUCUCCCUUCACCAAGAUCUACAGGCGGAGCCUCUGCAUCCUACAGGCCUGGGUAGAAGACUGCCACACUGUGGACUUCACAAGAAAUGCAGGGCUGCUAGGACGGCUGGAGGGCUUUAUCUCCUCCAAGAUCCUGCCCCUGGACGGGUCUGCUGAGCACCUGCUGAGCCUCCUGGAGGUGGGUACUGACCGGCGAGCUGACAGCACCUCUCGAGGCACAGACCUGGAGGACCCCAAGGAGGCUGAAGAGGACACCAGACGCUUUAACGUCCUCUGCAAGAGGUUCUCAGAGGACAGCAUCUCCCGGAAGAGCUUCUCCUGGCGGCUGCCCCGGAGCAACGGGCUGGCACUGCCACACCACAAGGAGCGCCAGUACACCAUUGCAUCAGCCUUGCCCAAGCCCUGCUUCUUUGAAGACUUCUACGGCCCCUAUGCCAAAACCAGCGAGAAGGGGCCCUACUUCCUGACUGAGUACAACACCCACCAGCUCUUCACUCAGCUGACAUUGUUGCAGCAGGAAUUGUUUCAAAAGUGCCACCCUGUCCACUUCCUAAACUCACGGGCCCUGGGUGUCAUGGACAAAAGUGCAGCCAUCCCCAAAGCCAGCUCUUCUGAGUCCCUGUCCACCAAGACCUGCAGCCUAUUUCUGCCCAAUUAUGUCCAGGACAAGUACCUGCUACAGCUGUUAAGAAACGCGGAUGAUGUCAGCACCUGGGUGGCUGCUGAAAUUGUGACCAGCCACACCUCCAAGUUGCAGGUGAACUUGCUCUCCAAAUUUCUUCUGAUCGCAAAAUCUUGCUAUGAGCAGAGGAACUUUGCAACGGCCAUGCAGAUCCUGGGAGGGCUGGAGCACCUAGCUGUGAGGCAGUCCCCUGCCUGGAGAGUCCUGCCUGCAAAGAUCGCAGAGGUCAUGGAGGAGCUGAAAGCCGUGGAGGUCUUCCUGAAGAGUGACAGUUUGUGUCUGAUGGAAGGACGGCGGUUCCGAGCCCAGCCCACCCUGCCCUCAGCCCGACUUCUGGCCAUGCACAUCCAGCAGCUAGAGACAGGGGGCUUCACCAUGACCAACGGAGCCCACAGGUGGAGCAAGCUCAGAAACAUUGCCAAGGUGGCCAGCCAGGUGCACGCAUUCCAGGAGAACCCCUACACAUUCAGCCCCGACCCCAAACUUCAGGCGCACCUCAAGCAAAGGAUCACCCGUUUCAGUGGGGCCGACAUUUCCAUCUUGGCAGCAGACAACAGGGCCAACUUCCACCAGAUGCCGAGUGAGAAGCACUCCCGGAAGAUCCAGGACAAACUCCGGAGGAUGAAAGCCACAUUCCAGUAGCCCAGGGCAAGGCCUGG